UCCUUGGAUGCCACUACUUGUCUUGUUUCUAUCCACACGUUUCUUAACUACGUUUCAACUUUUUUAGAUGGAAACACAUUCUCAACACGCUCUCGCUUUGUAGAUGGAGAAGAAACUCAUGCGUGCUGUUCAGUACAAUGCCUAUGGUGGAGGAUCCAAUGCCUUAAAGCAUGUUGAAGUUCCGAUACCGAGUCCUAGUAAAGAUGAGGUUUUGAUAAAAUUGGAAGCAGCUAGCAUAAACCCAUUUGAUUGGAAAGUACAGAAACGCAUGCUGUGGCCUAUUUUGCCUCCCAAAUUCCCAUAUAUACCUUGUACUGAUAUAGCAGGAGAAGUCAUGGAGGUUGGAAAAGGUGUUAAAAAGUUCAAAGCCGGUGACAAAGUUGUAGGCUUCGUCAGCCCCUUUAGUGGUGGAGGACUAGCUGAGUUUGCUAUUGUUAAGGAGUGUCUCACAGCUUCAAGACCACCAGAAAUCACAGCAUCCGAAUGCGCCGGCUUACCUGUUGCAGGUCUAACAGCUCUCCAAGCACUUUCCCAAUCAAUAGGAAUCAAACUCGAUGGAAGCGGUGAACGGAAAAACAUUUUGGUCACUGCUGCAUCAGGGGGUGUAGGCCACUAUGCAGUUCAAUUAGCCAAACUAGGCAACACUCAUGUGACGGCCACCUGCGGCGCUCGAAACAUCGAAUUUGUCAAAAGCUUAGGUGCUGAUGAGGUGAUUGAUUAUAAGACAUCUGAUGGUGCUGCAUUAAAGAGUCCAUCUGGUAAGAAAUAUGAUGCAGUGAUUCAUUGUGCAGUAGGAGUUCCAUGGUCAACUUUUGAGCCUAACUUGAGCACGAAUGGUAAGGUUGUAGACAUAACUCCUAGCUCUAGUUCUAUGAUGACAUUUGCACUUAAGAAACUUACCUUCUCUAGAAAACAACUUGUGCCAUUGCUUUUGGUUCCAAAGGGUAAGGAUCUUCAAUAUCUUGUUGAUUUGGUUAAGCAAGGAAAACUUAGAACAGUUAUUGACUCAAAAUAUCCUAUAACAAAAGCUGAAGAUGGUUGGGCUAAGAGUAUUGAUGGCCAUGCAACUGGGAAGAUCAUUUUUGAGUUCUAAAUAUGCAUUAUAUUGCUUUGUAGUAUAUGUAUAUAUAUACACUAGUUACAUUAUAUGAAUUGAUAGAGUAAUAUUAUUAUUAUUAUUCUUGUUA